UUGACAGUUGCCAACUGUUUGAAAACCAUUGCUAGAACAUGUCUAUAAUGAGAACCCUAAAGAACUAUGGGUUGACAGAAUAUAUAUUUUCUCUGAAAUAAUCCGGAGAGCCGACCGUAGUCUGCCGGUUGGUUCUUCAGCUCUCAGAGGUGAAAGUAUCUUGCCUUUGGCGCCGGUCUAAGCUCGCCGGUACAUUGCUGGGGCCGGGGUGCGGCCUCUUGGUAAGGACACCCACCACCAUCAUACCCAUACCAUACCGUACCACACAACUGCAUUUGCACCGAGAUACCAGACAUUGUCGUAUAGUUCUUCAUUCGCGCAAUACUACGACACAUUCACAUUGAAAAUGAUGGAGCGCUACUGCCACAGCUGUUCGCGCGUACUUGUACUUUUGGCUAUCGCCCACCUGGGCUACACUCAAGUACCUCCCCGGCUCCACAUACCCGGCGCAGUACUCGUAGGCAACUACCCGGCUGCAUUACCGCCAAUCACACGUCGACUUGACGGUGGAGGCGGACCCCCACCACGUCUGCGCCGUCCCCCACCCCCACAGAACCUGCCUCCUUUGAGGGAGGUGCGACCCGUCACUGAAGAGGACGAGGACAACUACGCUCCACCCUCUCAAAGCAUCGCCUCGUUCGAUAGUGAGGUGAAUAAACUGAGCGAAUCGGCUCUGGCUUCAGCGGUGAGACAGGCUGAGGAUGAUGAACAGCAUUCGCAGAGGCCGCAACAGGUGCAAGUGCAGUUCAGGCCGGAAAAGCCAAUCCCGGUGACUAGAGAUCAAAUUAGGGAAAAACAAUCUCCACUAGACCUUCCAAUAUUCAGGCCACAACAGCAAAGGCCAGCUCCAAACCAAAGACAAGAGCAGCAGCAACGACCCGUUUCAAGGCCCCCUCCACCACCGAGACCUGUUAGGCCAGUAGUGAGACAGGAAAUCGAUGAUGAGGAGGAAAAUGUACCUAGGCAACAAACUAGACAAAAGCCGAGGCCUCAAGCUCCACCACAACAGGUCUACCGUGCCGCGCCCCACCACACUCAGUACAAAGCGGGGCCGAGAAACGCCGAAGACAACGAGUAUCAAAAACAGAGGAAGCCCGUGGUGCAAAUCCUGAAAAAAUAUCGGACGGACAACCCUGAUGGUAGCAUCACCUGGGGAUUCGAGAAUGAGGAUGGUACCUUCAAAGAAGAGACGCUGGGCACGGAUUGUACUAUCAAGGGAAAGUAUGGAUACGUUGACCCUGAAGGAGUCAGAAGAGAAUUUGAAUAUGAAGCAGGCAAUAAAUGCGAUCCCAACCGCAAAGACAUUGACGAAGACGAUGAAGACUUGCCUCCUCAACCACCACCACAACAUAAGAAACCUCACAAUACAGGAAAGCCACAAGUUCAGUUCAGGCCCCAACAGUUGGCACAGCCACAGUACUAGGUUUAAAUAAUUAUCAUAUCACAGAUAUUUCAAAACAUCAUACAGAUUUUUUUGGCAGUGAUGAAGACACAGUGAUUAACAUAUGGUUCAAGCAUGUAAUCAACCAGUCAAAUAGGCAGAUAGUUGCUACAAUUAGUCAAUAUGUGGUAGUGCGGCACAUGUUGCUAACCAUGUGAAUUUCGCUAAAAAUGAGAUUCAUACAUCAGUUGACAAAAAUUAAAUAUUGUAUCAUAUUUUCGAGUCCAAAAGAAUGUCAGUGUCAUGUUGCCUUUUCUUUGAGAAAUAGUAUUGUAUCUGGUAAACGUUGAUGCUUUUGAUAAUUUAUAUUUAUUUUUCUAAGUUGAUGGAAGAUUUUCAAACUGGAUGUACAAUGUCUAGGUGUUUUCCAAUAUUAACAAAAUAAGAAAAACACUGUAACAUAAUUUUGUACUGUUGUAAUAAAUAUACAAUUAUAAA